AUGAAUGGAAGUGCUGAUGUUUUCUUCUCUGGUGUGUCACGGCGGCAGGUGACGACCUCCUCGGGAAGCAAGUGCUUUUCCUGCCGCUCGUCGGCCGAGAGAGACAAAUGGAUGGAGAAUCUGAGGAGGGCGGUCCAGCCAAACAAGGACAACAGCCGGCGAGUGGAGAACAUGCUGCGUCUGUGGAUCAUCGAGGCCAAGGACCUCCCCGCCAAGAAGAAGUACUUCUGCGAGCUGUGCCUGGACGACUCGCUGUACGCCCGCACCACCUGCAAGCUCAAGACGGACAACGUCUUCUGGGGGGAGCACUUUGACUUCAACAACCUGCCGGCGGUGCGCAGCGUCACCGCCCACCUCUACAAGGACACGGACAAGAAGAAGAAGAAGGACAAGAACAACUACAUCGGGCUGGUCAACAUCCCGGUGGCAGCGGUCACCGGGCGGCAGUUCGUGGAGAAGUGGUACCCGGUGAGCACGCCCAACCCGCCCAAGGGGAAGACGUCGGGGCCGAUGAUCCGCAUCAAGGCCCGCUACCAGAGCAUGAGCAUCCUGCCCAUGGAGAUGUACAAGGAGUUUGCAGAGUACACCACCAACAACUACAUGCUCCUGUGCUCCGUGCUGGAGCCGGGGAUUAGCGUCAAGAACAAAGAGGAGAUGGCGUGCGCGCUCGUGCACAUUCUGCAGAGCACCGGCAAGGCCAAGGACUUCCUCACGGACCUGAUGAUGUCGGAGGUGGACCGCUGUGGGGAGAAUGAGCAUCUGAUCUUUCGGGAGAACACGUUGGCCACCAAGGCCAUCGAGGAGUACCUGAAGCUGGUGGGCCAGAAGUACCUGCAGGACGCUCUCGGGGAGUUCAUCAAGGCUCUGUACGAGUCCGACGAAAAUUGCGAGGUGGAUCCUUCCAAGUGUUCCUCGGGAGAUCUUCCGGAGCACCAGAGCAACCUGAAGAUGUGCUGCGAGUUGGCCUUCUGCAAAAUCAUCAACUCCUACUGCGUGUUCCCGCGAGAGCUGAAGGAGGUGUUUGCGUCAUGGCGGCAGGAGUGCGGCAACCGGGGUCGCCCGGACAUCAGCGAGCGCUUGAUCAGCGCCUCCCUCUUCCUGCGCUUCCUGUGUCCCGCCGUCAUGUCGCCCUCGCUCUUCAACCUGAUGCAGGAGUACCCCGACGACCGCACGGCGCGGACGCUGACGCUCAUCGCCAAGGUCACGCAGAACCUGGCCAACUUCACCAAGUUCGGGAACAAGGAAGAGUACAUGUCCUUCAUGAACCAGUUCUUGGAGCACGAGUGGACCAACAUGCAACGCUUCCUGCUGGAGAUCUCGAACCCGGAGACCAUCUCCAACACGGCAGGCUUUGAGGGCUACAUCGACCUGGGCCGGGAACUGUCCACCCUGCACUCGCUCCUCUCAGAGAUGCUGUCCCAGAUGGACCAGAGUUCCACCUCCAAGCUGGGACCUCUACCGAGGAUCCUGCGAGAGGUGACCACGGCGCUGACCAACCCCGCCGCCGCCGCCGUCCAGACCGCGGCCGGGCAGCCGCCGGAGCAAGGGGGCUCGUCGCCCCCCGCCGAGGCCAGCUGCAGCAUCUCCAGCGGGCUGCAGAAGAUGGUCAUCGACAACGACCUCACGGGGUUGGUGGACUUCACCCGGCUGCCGUCUCCCACCCCAGAAAACAAAGACUUAUUUUUUGUGACGAGGACCUCAGGCAUCCAGCCUUCGCCGGCGCGCAGCUCAAGCUACUCGGAGACCAAUGAGCCGGAUGUGGGCGUGGCCAACGGGAGCAAGAGUCUGUCCAUGGUGGACCUGCAAGACCCGCGCAGUAUGGAAGGCGGUCCAGGUCCCGGCAGCCCCGACACCCUGGCUGAGGUCCCGGCCUCUGUGGGAGGCUGGCCCUCCGCCAGGGUCCCUCAGUGCGUUAUCCCGGGCGGUCCGACCAUGAGGAGGUCCGGUCUGACGGCGGCGACCACCCCGAACACGGACGGCGCCCCUGGUCGACCUGCCCAGCUUCUGGCACCCCUGUCCUUCCAGAACCCGGUCUACCAGAUGGCCACCUGCCUGCCCGUGUCCCCGCGGGGGAUGACCGACUCCGGCUCGGAGUGCCACAGCUCGGUCAGUUCCCAUAGCAACAACGAGGACGGGAAGCACUCCUUCUUGAACCACGGCGGCGGGAGUAGCAGCGACGAGUACACCCGGCGCUCGGGCGAGUUCACCCGCCGGCAGCUCUCCCUCACCGAGGCGCAGCACCAGCCCGCCGUGCCCCGGCAGAACAGCGCCGGCCCCCAGCGGAGGAUAGACCAGCCUCCCCCGCAGAGCGUCACGCGGGGGUCGCACGCCUCCCAACCUGCUCGGCGGCGCCUACCCCAGGCCGGGCUCCGGCGGCAUGAUGACCUCGUCCCCGGACUGGCCCGUCGGCGGCGCUCGGUUGCGGCAGCAGUCGUCGUCGUCCAAAGGCGACAGUCCCGAGACCAAGCAGCGGGCUCAGCACAAACAGGUAUGGGCGCUGCGCUUAGCCAAAAGUCCGACCAAUCAGGGCUGCCCGGCAACAGCGAGGAGGAAAUCCACGUUAAACAGCAGCACAGGUUAUUUCUUUCCAGAGGAGCCGUGUGGGCGGGGCCUCUGCGCUGCUCGCGUGCACGUCAUUUGCAUGCAGGGUCGCUUUGCGGCGCCCCUUCCCCAGUGAACCCCAUUGCACUGGACCGCACAGCAGCCUGGCUAUUGAAUAUGAAUAUGCAGUAUUUAGACCAUGAGGGGAUGGAGCAGCACUCACUGAGACUCAGAGGAGAUGUGACACAUGUGCAGAAGUACCAGCAGGAGAUCGCUCUGCUGCAGGAGAAGCUGCGGGCGUCGGUGCAGAAGCUGGAGGAGUACGAGGCCCGUCUCAAAGGUCAGGACGAGCAGGCCCAGAAGGUGCUGAUGGAGUACCAGGCCAGGCUGGAGGAGUCGGAGGAGCGACUGCGCCGGCAGCAGGACGACAAGGACCUCCAGAUGAAAGGGAUCAUCAGCAGGUUGAUGUCGGUGGAGGAGGAGCUGAAGAAAGACCACUCGGACAUGCAGGCCGUGGUGGACUCCAAGCAGAAUAUCAUCGACGCACAGGAGAAGCGCAUCGCCUCGCUGGACGCCGCCAACGCCCGCCUGAUGAGCGCCCUGACCCAGCUGAAGGAGCGCUACAGCACGCAGUCGCGCAACGGCAUCUCCCCCACCAACCCCAGCAAACUGCAGAUCACCGAGAACGGAGAGUUCCGGAACAGCAGCAACUGCUAGAGACUCCAAGGAAAGGAAAAAAAAAACAUGUUCUUACGGAGAGGACAGCGAGGAUGCGGGGCGGAGCUUGUACAUAGGAAAUAUUCAGUUUCCAUCGGGACGUAUGCUGACGCUGUGACGGCGGUUGGAGCCGCCUGGGAUCGACCACUACACGCCCACACCCCGGAGAACCAGUGCUCCUUCUUCAAGUUGAUGUUUAUAGACAACCAAAUAGGAACUACAAAUCCUGAGAUUUAUAGUUCCCCCUCUCCUCCCCCCAUGUGGUGCACUUUGUGACAGCUAUUGGUACAUGAAAGGCCUUAAGCUGGGAUGUUCCUUGCAAAGAGUCAAGUGGGGGGGAAAGGCACAAUUGUAUACUGUGGAUGUGUAAAGAAUAGAGCUUGUACAAAGUUAUUAUGGAAGUACAUGAGAUCUAUGUGAUGAUGCUAUAUUGAAUAUAGAUGUAUGCAUUUCCUUUCUGUGUCUAGACUAUACACACACACAUAUAUAUACAUAUAUAUAUAUAUACUUAUAUUUGAUAAUUUCAAAUAUACGAGCAGACUUGUUUUUAGGAGUUGUAUUUUUCUUCUUAAAGGGGAACUGCACUUUUUCUUGGAAUUUUGCCUAUUAUUCACAAUCCUGAGAGACAUGACGAGAGAUUGAUUUUUUUUUUAAUUUUUUAACACAUGCUAUUAGAGAUGUCCGAUAAUAUCAUAGUGCCGAUAUUAUUGGCCGAUAAAUGCUUUAAAAUGUGAUAUCGGAAAUUAUCUGUAUCGGUUUCACAAAGUAAAAUGUAUGACUUUUUAAAACGUCGCUGUACGGAGUGGUACACGGACGUAGGGAGAUUAACCUUAAAGGCACUGCCUUUGCGUGCUGGCCCAGUCACAUAAUAUCUACGGCUUUUCACACACACAAGUGAAUGCAAUGCAUACUUGGUCAACAGCCAUACAGGUCACACUGAGGGUGACCGUAUAAACAACUUUAACACUGUUACAAAUAUGCGCCACGCUGUGAACCCACACCAAACAAGAAUAAACACAUUUCGGGAGAACAUCCGCACCGUAACACAACAUAAACACAACAGAACAAAUACCAAGAACCCCUUGCAGCACUAACUCUUCCGGGACGCUACAAUAUACACCCCCCGCUACCUCGACCCCGCCCACCUCAACCUCCUCAAAUUCCACGCUGCUGUUUUGAAGCAUGUUAAAAAAAAAUAAUGCACUUUGUGACUUCAAUAAUAAAUAUGGCAGUGCCAUGUUGGCAUUUUUUUCCAUAACUUGAGUUGAUUUAUUUUGGAAAACCUUGUUACAUUGUUUAAUGCAUCCAGCGGGGCAUCACAACAAAACUAGGCAUAAUAAUGUGUUAAUUCCACGACUGUAUAUAUCGGUAUCGGUUGAUAUCGGAAUCGGUAAUUAAGAGUUGGACAAUAUCGGAAUAUCGACAAAAAAGCCAUUAUCGGACAUCUCUACAUUCUAUAUAUUAAAUACAUUUUAUCAAAAGUCCGCUUACAAUAGACUAUAUCAUUUCUGCCUAUAAAGCUCCUAAAAAACAUCCAAACACCUCCAUUGAGGUUUUAUAUACAUGAUGUAAAUAUAUAUGUAAUGUAACAGCCACAUUAAUAAUAUUUAAUAUUUACAUAUUUGGCGCAUUAAUCUUAAAAACUCAUCACAUUGCUUUUUUUUUUUUUCUUCAUCACUGAUUUCUGCUCACUGCAGACUUUAUGAGAGCCAACACAUAUAAUCAAUCACUUACUGUAUAAGGUCUGCUGUCAUUGGGAUGUUGAUAUAUUCCCUUUUAGAUGAAAAAUUACUCAUAAUUUUCACGAAGAAACGGGGUGCAGGGGGCAACAAGGGCUUUUCGUGUCGUACUCGCCAGUUCAAACUUGUCGGAUUAUAUUCUCAGCCAUCUACUGUCCAGGUGUGAGGCCUGAUGUAAUGAUCUAGAAUACAUUUACAGGGAGCAGGGAAGCGAGGAAACAGCAGAACACUCGAUGAUGUAAACAUCGGAACACGCGUUCGUGAUCACGGCGUCGUUAUAAAUAGUGUGUUAGCGUUUAUAAUAACAAUAUCCCUAAUACUUGGUUAAUUUUCAAGUCACAUAAUGUAAAUGGAGUAUUGUUGGCGCUUUUUAUCAGAUUUCAUCAGCUCCUCUGUUAGCAGACUUGUAUUUAUGUUUAUAUAAUAUUUAGAAUGCAUUGAAAAAAAAAUCAUGUCUCUCAUAAUGAUUGUGAACGAUAGGAUAAAGUGCAGUUCCCUUUUAAAAAGGAUGACUGACGUAGUGACGAGAAGGUAAACCGGAAGCAUCGGCGCCGCUUCCUUCAGAAUCGGAUUCCAGUUGAUGGAUCGAUUCUUUAGUUGAAUCUCAGUCAUGUUGUUUUUUUUGCGCGAGUAGCUUGAGAUCUACAGAGGACACGUUGUACACUGGACAGGAAUCAACUUUGGUUACAUUUCUCUACCACCUUGCUUUAAUCCUGACUAUAGAAGCAGAAACCUUCCUCCAGGGUUAUACAAUCCUAACCUACCCUCAAACACUAAGGCCCAAUACUUCCAAGUGACCUCGCAGACCUUCCUACAUAUCGAGUGCCAGGAGAAACAUGGCAGACCAGAGAAUUGUACACACGUUAGUAAUUUUUACAGAAACACCAAAUGGUUAGCUUGGUUGGAAUGUCGAUGUUUCAAAAAUAACAUUUCACAAACCGUAAGAUGAUUCGCUAACAUUUGCUUACUUCGCAGAAAAUGUCUUCUCAACAGUCUUCUUCUGAAUAAAGACAGGUGAAAGAGAAAGACGAACAACAAACAUUUGUCGCUGUCGGCAAACAGCGAAGGUUUGACGACGUAGCGAGACUCGUACGAAUUUCUUGGGGCAUAUUUUCAACACAAAGGACCAAGGAGCAAGAGGGAGUAUUCGGAUCGGGCCUAAAGUCUUGAAUCCUACCCAAAAAACCCGAACUUAUCACUUACACUCCCAACCCUUAAACUCACCCCGUACUGGGAAGUCGGAACGUCCGAGUUCCUCGUGGGAAGUUUCAACUGGAACGCCCCUCGAGGUCGGAGUUACAAAGACGGAACAAUGUAAACAAACAUUUGUCGCUGUCGGCAAACGGCGAAGGUUUGACGACGUAGCGAGACUCGUACGAAUUUCUUGGGGCGUAUUUUCAACACAAAGGACCAAGGGGCAGUAUUCGGAUCGGGCCUAAAGUCUUGAAUCCUACCCCAAGACCCGAACUUAUCACUUAGACUCCAACCCUUAAACUCACCCCUUACUGGGAAGUCGGAACGUCCGAGAUCCUCGUGGGAAGUUUCAAAUGGAACGCCCCUCGAGGUCGGAGUUACAAAGACGGAACAACGUAAACAAACAUUUGUCGCUGUCGGCAAACGGCGAAGGUUUGACGACGUAGCCAGACUCGUACGAAUUUCUUGCGGCGUAUUUUCAACACAAAGGACUAAGGAGCAAGAGGGAGUAUUCGGAUCGGGCCUAAAGUCUUGAAUCCUACCCCAAAAACCCAAACUUAUCACUUACACUACAACCCUUAAACUCACCCCUUACUGGGAAGUCGGAACGUCCGAGAUCCUCGUGGGAAGUUUCAACUGGAACGCCCCUCCAGGUCGGAGUUACAAAGACGGAACAACGUAAACAAACAUUUGUCGCUGUCGGCAAACGGCGAAGGUUUGACGACGUAGCCAGACUCGUACGAAUUUCUUGGGGCGUAUUUUCAACACAAAUGACCAAGGGGCAAGAGAGAGUAUUCAGAUCAGGCCUAAUGUCUUGAAUCCUACCCCAAAAACCAGAACUUAUCACUUACACUCCCAACCCUUAAACUCACCCCGUACUGGGAAGUCGGAACGUCAGAGUUCCUCGUGGGAAGUUUAAACUGGAACGCCCCUCCAGGUCGGAGUUACAAAGACGGAACAACGUAAACAAACAUUUGUCGCGUCGGCAAACGGCGAAGGUUUGACGAAGUAGCGAGAGUCGUACAAAUUUCUUGGGGCGUAUUUUCAACACAAAGGACUAAGGGGCAAGGGAGAGGAUUCGGAUCGGGCCUAAAGUCUUGAAUCCUACCUGAAAAACCCGAACUUAUAACUUACACUCCCAACCCUUAAACUCACCCCGUACUGGGAAGUCGGAACGUCCCAGUUCCUCGUGGGAAGUUUCAACUGGAACGCCCCUCGAGGUCGGAGUUACAAAGACGGAACAACGUAAACAAACAUUUGUCGCUGUCGGCAAACGGCGAAGGUUUGACGACGUAGCGAGACUCGUACGAAUUUCUUGGGGCGUAUUUUCAACACAAAGGACCAAGGGGCAGUAUUCGGAUCGGGUCUAAAGUCUUGAAUCCUACCCCAAGACCCGAACUUAUCACUUAGACGCCAACCCUUAAACUCACCCCUUACUGGGAAGUCGGAACAUCCGAGAUCCUCGUGGGAAGUUUCAACUGGAACGCCCCUCGAGGUCGGAGUUACAAAGAUGGAACAACGUAAACAAACAUUUGUCGCUGUCGGCAAACGGCGAAGGUUUGACGACGUAGCCAGACUCGUACGAAUUUCUUGGGGCGUAUUUUCAACACAAAGGACUAAGGAGCAAGAGGGAGUAUUUGGAUCGGGCCUAAAGUCUUGAAUCCUACCCCAAAAACCCAAACUUAUCACUUACACUACAACCCUUAAAUUUACCGCGUACUGGGAAGUCGGAACGUCCAAGUUCCUCGUGGGAAGUUUCAACUGGAACGCCCCUCUAGGUCGGAGUUACAAAGACGGAACAACGUAAACAAACAUUUGUCGUUGUCGGCAAACGGCGAAGGUUUGACGACGUAGCCAGACUCGUACGAAUUUCUUGGGGCGUAUUUUCAACACAAAGUACCAAGGGGCAGUAUUCGGAUCGGGCCUAAAGUCUUGAAUCCUACCCCAAGACCCGAACUUAUCACUUAGACUCCAACCCUUAAACUCACCCCUUACUGGGAAGUCGGAACGUCCGAGUUCCUCGUGGGAAGUUUCAACUGGAACGCCCCUCGAGGUCGGAGUUACAAAGACGGAACAACGUAAACAAACAUUUGUCGCUGUCGGCAAACGGCGAAGGUUUGACGACGUAGCCAGACUCGUACGAAUUUCUUGGGGCGUAUUUUCAACACAAAGGACUAAGGAGCAAGAGGGAGUAUUCGGAUCGGGCCUAAAGUCUUGAAUCCUACCCCAAAAAACCCGAACUUAUCACUUACACUCCUGACCCUUAAACUCACCCCGUACUGGGAAGUCGGAACGUCCGAGUUCCUCGUGGGAAGUUUCAACUGGAACGCUCCUCGAGGUCGGAGUUGGCUUCAAAGAUGGCUGCUCUGAAUGUAAACAAUAAUAACCGUUAUUAGCACUUUGGAUUAGUUUUUGUCGCUCUAAAUCAGCCAUUAACGAUGUUUUGUUGGACAGAAACGUUACUGUCGUCUCCACUACAAUUUUUUCCUGUGGCGUAUACGUUUACGUCGGUUUCCUCUUCAUCCGCCGUGUCGGAAGUCUGCAUAGAGAGUGCCUAUUUUCCCACAAGUUGUUUAUAUUCAGACAAGAGUCAUUUUCAUGGAUCAUCUUGAUUUCCGACAUUGUAACUGAAACGCUCACAACUCGGCUGUGACGCCAUUCCCUGCUCCGACCUUCAACUUCCGAGGUCACUGGAAGGCAGCCUUAGUGUACCUCGGUAUCUCCUAAAACCUCAACUUAACGCUCCUCCCUUGCAGUCCUUCCCCUAAAUCCUUAAAAAGGGAACUGAACUUUUCAUUUCAUCGUUCAUUACCCUGACAAGAACACACCUCAUCUCUUUUAUGUGCGUUCUAAAUAGUACAAAACAAAGAGGUAAUGGGAUUCCAUCUAAAGCGCUGUAAAAAGAAAAACUCCAUUAAGGUUUUACAUAAACACUGUAAGUAUAGAAGUAAUGUGACUACAUAAUAUAUACGGGUGACACGGCAAAUAUUUGAAUAUCGUGCAAAAGUCCACUCAUGUCAGCAAUUCACCUUCAAAUUUGAAAGGAUUAUGUGAUCAACUUGUUAUGUGCAAACUAAAAUAUUGCUAAAAUGUUGAUGAUACAAAGGGUUGGAGUUGGGGGUUGAAUCACCAAAAUGAUUCCCGGGCGCGGCGCCGCUGCUGCCCACUGCUCCCCAAGGGGAUGGGACAAAUGCAGAGGACAAAUUUCACAUCUAGUGUGUGUGUGACAAUCAUUGGUACUUUAAUCUUUAAUCUUAAUUUAAUGAUUAUGCCUUAGUUCCUGAAAACCCCAAAUUGACUGAGAUUUGCAAUUCGCGGUUUUCAUAAAAUGUAAUCAUCAAAAUGAUAUCCGUGGAAACUGAUCUGAAAC